UGCAUUUGUUUGCCCAUAUCUAUUUCUGUCUGGCAGACAGAAGCUGAGAGAAGUGUCUGUACCUGUGGAUGCGAAGCACGCCGCCAGGGUCAAUACCUCUCAAAGCGGGCAUCAAGACGGAAUGGGAUAGACCGAUAAAAAGCUGGCUCCCAGCCGGCCCUUAGGCUAUACCACCCACGAGUAGCGCAGAACCUAUCGCCAUGACUUCAGCUCCCAAAGAGUCCACUUCGGCGCAAUCGUUGUUCCCCUCUGACGGGAAACCCCCGUAUGUGCAUCUCCGCGAAACCACCUCGACCUUCAGCAGGCCGCUAGGGAGGAACGAGCUCGGCUACGCGCUCGUGCGUGGACCGCGCGGAUACGCCGAUUCCUUCACCAUCGUCCCCCUCGCUUGUUCGGGCGGGCACACCAUCACCGACGACGAGGUCGUGCAGGCAUGCGCCGCACUCCGUCUCCGCCACCCUCUCCUCGCGUCUAAGGUCGCAUACAGCACCACGAAACCGCCGGAGCUCGUGUACACCUCCCCUCUCAGCAAUGUCCACGCUCUUCGCGAGGCGAAGGCCCAGAUCGAAUUCCACGCCUUCCAUGCUCAGGACGCUUCCACCGAGGCUCUCCGUGAUCAGUGGUUGUACGCGAACCCCGAAGAGGCCCUCGACCUGCGUAACGGGACCUGCUCCCUCUACUGGGGCCGCGACAUCGACUCGCGUUCUGGGAAGUACAUCCUCGGUUUCAUGACGCCGCACUUCAUCACCGAUGGCCGCCGCCGGCUGAACCUUGUUCGUUGCAUGUUGGACUUGCUCGCUACCCCUGGUCGGGCCCAGCACGAGCUCGUCAUGUACUUCGCCGGCAAGAUGCCGAUCGUGGAGAUUCCACCUGCACUGGAAGGCCUCUGUCCUGACAUGCGCGACACCGAUCCAGCCGAACUCGUGAAAGCGAAAGCGGCGUUCGACGAGCUUGUCAAACUCAGAAGCAAGCCGUUGUCGGGUCUUAUUCCUGACGGCGUAAUCGCUGAGGGCAACCUUCAACCCCGAUUCAUACGUCAGACCUGGUCCCCGGAAGAGACCAAGAGCAUCUUGAGAGCCUGCAAGGCUCAUGGCGUCACGAUCACUCAGCUCGCCAAUGUCGCUAGCGCCUUCGCCUGCGUGCAACGUCCCGGCGCGGCUCGUUUCAGCGGAGGCCCGAGCGACGAGGACUCCCACUACUUCGAGUUCUCCCAGGCGUUCGAUGUCAACACCAAGGUGCCCCGGCUGACGAACAAUGGGGAGACGGAGACAGCCAUUCGCAUCGUCAUCUAUCCCGUCGUCAUGUCCGUCCCUCGAGCUGCGGUUGCCGAAUCCGCGAGCCAGGAUGCGAUCUGGGAUGCCGCGCGACAGUUCAAGGAGCGGAACGACGCCUUUGUGAAGUCGCCUUAUUUCUGGCACUUCACUGGCUUUUACGGUGCGAUCGCUGUCGAGAACUACAUGGCUCAGAUGGCUGGCAAGCCCUUCAUGCCGUACAUGAGCAGCAUGGGCGACCUGAAGAGCGUCCUGCCGAUUCGCUAUCCCGUUCACCACCAUCAUGCCAAUGGGAUAGUGAACGGCGUGAACGGGUCGACGCGUCACAACGCGGAGAUCCGGGUCUUGGACCAGAUUUCGGCGGGGAAGAUCGACCCGCAGGUGGCCAACUUCCUGAUGUACACGUUCGACGACAGGUUGAACAUCCAGUUCAAGUGGAAUGCGGGUCGCACGAGCGAUAACCUCAUCAACAGCUGGUUCAGCCGUGUGGUCGAGAUCAUCUCACAGGUUGCCGUCGACGAAGGUGUGAUUCUGUGAUUGCAUGUUGGUUGUGUAUCUGCGACGUU